CGGUCGAUUCGAUUUCGCAAUUCUUAUACGUCGACUCGCCCCACGCACACCACUGCAGGGAACGGAUCUGGCUUUCGCCUAUUGGUGACUGCACCCACGGGACGACUGGGUGCCAGCGCAUCGAUCGUGGAUGGCAGCGGUGCUUCGGAGUCUGGAGACAACCUUUUCAAACUCUAUCGGCUACUGUUGUUUUCAAUGCCACGCAUGUCAGGAGACCUCCAUCAUCAAUAGACCGGAUCGCAUGAUUAGCCAGUCUCAGAAUGCCUCCGCAGCAUACAAAUAGUCUACCACAAACACCCCCUUCCGAAGCUGCGAAUGACAAAUCCGCAAAGAGGGGGGCUCAUUCUCAACCUUCCGUACGAGAGACGUUUCUAGAUGACUUCAACCCGGCAGAUAAUGCAAAUGACAGCAAUAAUUCCGGCGACGAACGAGAUCCCCACGACUUGUCGCUGUCCCCGAAACAUGCCGCCCGCACGUCAAUCGUCGAUAACAUGCUCCUCUCUCUAGACCAGUUUGCGUCGGGUUCUGUGCUGGAUGACUACCGUUUAUUUAAUUCGGUUUUUGAAACGGAUUUAUACGGCCGCACUUCGCAAGACUCGUUUGCUCAACGACGCUACCGGGGCCAUACCUUUUCAUCUUCUAUGUCAUCGGACGUGGAAGGGAAUUUCGAGGAUAGUACGGGGGGCUUUGCGUCUCCGCCUGCACGAGGCCGUCGGAGUAACAGCAGCUUGAACUACCACUCUAGUCUGAAGCAGUUCGGGGGACCUCGCAGCCGGGAAGGAACUGGUUCGCGCGGUCAAAUCUUUGAUUACCUAGCAGGCUCUUCAGCCGCUGCAGGAGCUCACGCCACUAGAAAUGGGAGCAAAGGAAGUUCCUCUUCACACGCGGACUUUGGACCUCCCUUACAACGUCGUCGGGCGGAAUCCACCGAUGAAAGACGCUCAUCGAGCUUUGACUACGGUACCAGACAGACAUUCGUUCCCUUUUCCGACCCAAUUGUCGAUUACGGGUCUUUUACGUUUGAUGAUUUUGAUACAGCCCCUACACCCAGUAUUCCCAGCGGACCAAGCAAGUUCCAUUUGUCGUCGCAAGGAGAAUUUGCAGGGUCUCUUAAUCCUCAACACUCACGGACCCCUGUGGCCUCACGAAGAAAUAGUAUCAAGUCUCCACGAACAAAUAAUACUAGGAAAACUGGCCCGGAGAAUAUUAGUACUGCAACUGCCAGGAGCCCGGAACCUAAUAUUACAAAUAUCGGGAAUUCGGGUCUGGAACCUCCGCCAGUAAUCCCGGCGGCCUCACUUGACCCCCCUGCACCGAGUCCGACCAUUUCAUUCAACAAAACGGCUUUUCCGCCACCUCCUGACCCAGUCCCGGCAAAAGAACGGCCGGGUUUCUUCCAGCGAGUAUUCGGCUCCGCCAAGGUUCCUAAUUUUGGUCCUUCCAAUUUUAAUCAUUCGGAUUAUUCAUUCACCCAAGAAAACGAUCCCAAAGAGUCCAGUGGGCUAGGCCCAAGUACAAAGAGUUGGAGGCAGCCGCUCAAGAAUAGUCCGGCGGGCUUCAAUGCAGCCCGUGAAGGAAGCCAUCAGGUAGUGACUAAGAAGUCUUCUUUCUUCCGCCGGCGGAAGAAGUCUGUGGCUGAAAGCGCACCACCUCCGAUCGUGCUUCCUCAAGAGCUCGCAGGUCAGAAGGCGAUAGACUCUAUUAGGUCAGAACCUAGUCCGGCCAGCAGCUUGAAAAAAGCAAUGAAUCCUUACACAGUGGACCCUAGUGCCCCAAGGUCGAAUCAGCCCAACAAACCGUUGGAUUUACGAGCUGCGCCAGACGAUGCUGGCACCAAGGCUCAAGCGGCACUGAUGCAGAAUCAGAGGGCAAGUCUGCUCACACCUUCAGGGCAAUCAAAAGCCAAAUAUAGUCUUUAUCCUGCAAUAUUGUUGGGAAGUGCCAACGAUACGUCAUUCUUGGGGAAUAGCAGCGGAGACGAAGAGCCGAUCAUUGGAUCUGGCGGUCAAGAUCCAAUCCCAUCGGUCGAUACCCAACAAAAGCAGCCGGCGUCUAGGGACGGUGCUACAUCGCGUGGAAGUGACAUGGAUUCCGUGGAUGGUGACCAGUUUGCUGCUUUGCAGGGUAAGCUGAGCCUGCUGAGGCCACUGGAAACAGCUGUUUCUUCGCUCUCGCCCGUCGUGGAGAAUUUCUCGAACACAAGUGCGGCUCCCACAGAUGGCUCUGAGGACGCCCUUCGUUCCAAUUCGAAGGAGCUCGAAGCAGCCAAGAAUACCCAUGCUUCUGAUUCGCAUAAAGAUGGCCUUGAUGGCCUUGGCCAGUUCCCCACUCCCGCCGCUGGUAUUAAUAUCUCACCACGACCCUCAACAUCGGAAAUAUCAAACUACUAUACGGCUUCUGAAACGGCAGCCGUAUCCUCAGCAACAGACCCAAAGCCCCCCGGUCUGAUCGGUUCCAAAGUUGAUGAUGCUGCCGCCGAUGAGCCAACUACUUCGGAAAGAGAACAGGCGCAGAUGCUCUUUGAUAGCCAGGAUCAAGUCGUGGGAAGCGAGCCUGCCGCAGCAUGGCUUGGUGAUCCGGAUCGUUCCAUGAUUCGAAAAGCAUAUAUGGAUUUCUUUGACUGGUCGAAUCUCAAUAUUCUCGCAGCCCUCCGAAGUCUUUGUACUCGGCUGAUAUUAAAAGGCGAAACACAGCAAGUGGACAGAGUUUUGGAUGCCUUUUCACAAAGGUGGUGCCAAUGCAACCCGCGUCAUAGCUUCAAGGCUUCAGACGUUGUGCACACAAUCUGUUAUUCGCUUCUUUUGUUGAACACUGACCUGCACCUUGCGGAUAUCGAUCAAAAGAUGACUAAGAGUCAAUUUGUCAGAAACACGAUGCCGACAAUCCAUCGAGUCGCUGCUGAUGCGACGUCACUCGAAAACUCUCGAUCAACGAACAAGUCGAAACCACCGACUCCAGACCCGGCUUCGAGUAAUUGGUCCCAGUCGGCUGCCCCCGACGAGCGUACAGACAAGGCGCCUACAAAGCUCGUAAACCGAUUAUCACGGACGGAUCUUUCGGUUAAGAUGGCCGGCGAUCCCGAAAGUGACAGCGGGCCCCUCAUCAGUACGCCAUUUUCUGGCACGAUGCGAGCAUGGGAACAACAGGUUGAAACUGUGCUGAGAGAUUUCUAUACCUCGAUCCAGAAGCAGAAGCUCCCGUUGUAUGGUGCUCAGGUGGAGAAGGAAGGGCCGCGGGCGUCAUCGAACAACCUGCUUGGCCCUCAUCCAAGUGGCCUUCGCAGAAGCCCCAGCACCGUGAGCAAAAGCGGCUCAGAUAUCUAUCCACGCGGUCGAUCCGCGGAUUCCCGCUAUGGAACAGCACGGUGGUCUUCCAAACCCCGCUCCCGUGCUAGACUGUACCCGCCUUCCACCAUGGGAUCAAGCAGAACCAGCUUAGACGAUCAGGCAUCCCUCUGGAGCCCUUCUGCUUCCAGUACGUGGAGCAAGUACUCGUCGGGAAAGCUGACAUCGGCGUCGGUGGACUCUUUUGGUUCAGAUUACCCACGCGGGGAUUACCAGCAGUCGAUAGGAUUCGCAAAUGCAUUGAGUCAGGCUAUUAUCCGCGAAGACUCUGCCCACUCGAUUGCCAGCUCCGAGGACGUCGAUCGGACGACACCUCUUCUGGAAGAUGAGACCCUACAACUUGCCGGUGCCCCCUGGGCCAAGGAAGGAAGCUUAAAGCAUAAGCAUCACCUUGACUCCGUCGACAAGAGGGCGAAAGAUCGCAACUGGAAUGAAUGCUUUGCUGUCAUACAGCAAGGUUGGAUGCGUUUGUUCUCUUUCAAUGCUUCCAUGAAGACCCUCCGGCAGAAGGCCAAGCAACGGCAUCCCGGCGGAGUCGUUGUAGGAGGGGGGAAUUGGACGGAAAAUGCGGAGGAAAUUUGGAAAUUCCUUUUGCGACAAACCAUCGCAAGUGCGCUCCCCCCUCCAGGCUAUUCUAAGUCUCGCCCACAUGUGUGGGCUCUCAGCCUGCCUACCGGCGCGGUGCAUCUCUUCCAGGCGGGCACGCCCGAGAUUGUCCGGGAGUUCGUCUCCAGUGCCAAUUACUGGAGUGCCAGGCUUUCCAAGGAGCCUCUAAUUGGAGGCAUCAGUAACAUGGAGUACGGAUGGAGUGAUGCCGUCAUCAACAGCGCCCUCAUCUCCGCCGAGAGCAGCAGAACGCCGCCAUCGUCUUCCGGGGCGCGACCGAGCAUUCAAAGCUCGAUCCGGAGUUCCAUUGACCAGCAGGGUGUGCGGCCCAGACUCCCGGCCGAUCGUGUCCACAUCAGCGACUGGGCUCCCCCGCAACAAAGCAUGAUGGCCUCGGCGCUGCCCGAAGCCGAACAGCUGAAAGCCCUGCAGACAUACGUGAAGAAUGUAGAGGAUGAGCUGCAGCGGCACAACGAACUCCGACCCGCCAUGAUUCUUGCGUUCUCCCCCCGGCACCCCAACGCAGCGAAGGCAUUGGCCAACUGGGAGCGGAAGUCCUCUUACCUGCUUCGGGAGAUCGUGAAAUUCCGCACCUAUAUUGAUUCUCUUUCCGCGGCAUUGGACCAGAAGAACCGAAUCUAUGCCAACCGGGAAGAAAGCAGUCCCCCACAGUAACACCACGCCCAGGCACGCCUGAAUUCCCUACUCUGAGCUCGGGGUUUCGGAGCCCGACGGCUUCUCUCUUCUUACCUACUACUUAUUUAUACCCCCGCCUUGAGUUCCACCGCCUUUAUCCAGGCCCGUCCCUUUGUGCAGGUUUCUCC